CCGGGCGCUGCGUCGUCUGCACCUCACCCUCACACCACCCCGCCUUCCUCUCCUUUUGUUAUUUCUAGUUUUUCCCUCUGGAUGCAACACCUUCCUUUUCACAGCAUCUGGCACGGUCACAGCAAAUGUCUCAACGUUGCUAGACUUUGCUAACGUUAGCAGAAUAUCCUUGCCAUAAAUCAGUCGUUCCUGCUGUUUGUUUAUAUCCGGCGGCUCAUCAGUCCGGGUAGACACAGCGGCCACACUCACAGAACAGCUCUGUAGCACCCACCAGAAGAGUAGAAAGCAAACUAUUCGCGUCAUCAUGAUGUCUGUAGCUUCAUAACUCGCCAGGCAACUCAGGAAUACCAGCAGCCUUCCAAUUCCAUUAAAAAUACAAUGAAGAAAAUCGGAGCGAGUCAAGGAAUAUAAAUACUUAGGAACAAUAAUUGAUGAUAAAUUUUCUUUUAAUAAUAAUGUUGAGACACUUUACAAAAAAAUCAAUUCUAGAAUGUAUUUUGUAAGGCAAUUAAGUAAACUAAGAAUUGACAGAAAGAUUAUGGAUAUAUUCUAUUCAGCAAUAAUACAAUCUGUUCUUUCGUUUAAUAUAACUUGCUGGUACGGAAAUUGUAACAUUGAAUUAAAAAACAAACUUUGUAAAAUAAUGAAAAAUUGUGGGAAACUUGGGGUUGAGAACAUCAUCCCUCUUGUAGAAAUUUAUAAGAAAGCAGUUGUCCGGAGAUGUGAGGUAGUACGACAUGAUCCCAUUCAUCCUUUAAACCAAUAUUAUCAAAUGUUACCCUCUGGAAGAAGGUUGAGGUCAUUAUACUGUAGAACAUCAAGAUAUUCAAGAUCUUUUGUACCUAGCAGUAUUAAAAUGUUAAAUGAACAACAGACAAUCUACCAGUAGCACAGACUGGGUUUGUUCCUGUGGCCUGUAAAUGACCAAUGUGUGUGAGUAGUACGAGGAGUGUAUGACGUAUGUGCGGUUUUAUCACUUUUACUGAGAGCUCAUGAAGCAAUUUUCAUGUAUUAUACGUGACAAUAAAGUAUUUAUUAUUAUUAUUAUUAAGUUGCGAGGCGUUGUCAUUUCCUACCACGCUCAAAUCGUGGGUCACCACACUCUCCACGUGCUAUCUUCCCUGCCGCUUCUACCUCUUCUCCGCUCCUGACUCAUCCCCGUGGUCACACCUGUCGCCGCCUAUUCCUACUCAUCACGCCGCUCCUCUUUGCUGGUUGCCGUUCAUGCUUCUUCCUGAAUUGUGGGUAUCCCUUGGUUCCUUCUCCGAGCCACCCCCAACUCUCCCAUCCGAGUACUCGAGGUCAAGCCUCAUCGCCACCACCACUCCCCACCCAGCCCUUCUCAUGUCCGGACUCGCCCAAGGUCAUCUUUCCAAGUUUGCUCCCAGCAGUGAUUUUCCCAGUCAUCAGGGGCCAGAUCCACGAAACGGUUAUUAUCAACCUCCGGCAGCCAAAUGGUAUCCAAGAACGCAUAAGAGGCAGACCUAAUCCUCUUGUUUGAGAAGAUGCAGUCUCAGCUGGAGAGAAGAACAAGGCAUAGCCAGGCAUUACCAACUCACACCCAAGUUUUGUUGGCCCUGAGAUUGUUUGCCAGUGGGUCCUUCCAAAACGUCAUUGGAGACACUGCAGGACUUACGCAAGCGUCAGCAGGGUCUUCGAGUGUGUGUGCAUCGUGUUGAGUGAUAAGUCAGUGCAGGAAAUCAAGAUGCCUUCAACACACCUUGAUCAAAGGAGGACUGCACAGCAGUUCUUCAGGACCGAAAAUUUCUUAAGAGUUAUUGGGGCCAUUGAUAGCACCCACAUUGCCAUCAAGGCCCGAAGAGUGGACAAGGCCCUCUACUUUAACUGGAAAAGCUAUCACUCCCUCUGAAAAUCCAACUUGUUUGUGAUGCGAAUGGAGUGAUCCUCAGCUACUGCUUCAGAUUUUUCAGGCUCUCUUUUGGAUCUUCAUGGCAGUUUCCACAACAGCAAACACUGCAAGCUUGACCACACUGAUCUUGUCUCCAGUGAAGCUAAGAGUGGGAAUGUUUUUACCAAGGCCUUUGUUGGAGGCGAAUGAAUGUCACUGUCUGCAUUACCAGAAGAGGCGCGUCUGAAGUGACCAAGAUAGGAAGGUACGUGGACUCCCAGGAGAGGCUGUACCAGUUCCUCACAUAUGCUGGCCAUCACUAGCAGACCUCUUGGGUGGUUUCCAAGACCCCAGCUUGGCCUUCAAGACACUUAAUCAUACCAGGGUCUUCCUUCAGCAGCUCACCAGAAUAUAACUGGAUAACUUGCCUGCUGCCAGUACCUCCAGGCCUCUAGAGGUUGUGGCACCACAGCCUGCACAGCCCCUCAAAUCCCCAACAAGAACAAGAACACAACAGGGUAGUGGGAGUGAUGGCUUCAAGACACACUGCCACUGUACAAGGCAGCUGUUACUCUUGUACAUCAUGUGCUGCUUACUAGACUGUGCCUAAAAAUCUGAGAGGAAAAAGUAAAAGCUCACAGGACUGGUUGACAAGACAGCUAAAUGACCCUUAUGUGAAGUUGACCAAGCAACAUCAGUGCAGGCAUUGUCCAUGAUGCUUCCUGUGUUGUGGUUCCAUCAUGGCAGGCAUGGAAGUGCCUCUCACUACAUCACUGCCUCAUGAUCAUUGAGAGCAUGGACACAGACACUGAGGCCCUAGUGGGUAUGUGGACCUCCUCAAUGGACAGAUGGACAGAGGCUGGUGUGCUGGCUACAUGUAUCAGGAGCAAAUCUCAACCUUCUUCUCUGUUGUGGCAACAGGGAUGACAUAUGAGAUGGCCAUGACCAGCAUGCCCCUUCAGGUGCUACAUCUGCACCUGCCACACAGUCCAUCCUCUGAGGCCGUUGUCCUGCUCAUCUUCCCAAAGCCUCAGCGUUAUGACACCUAUGUGGAUGGUGUCUUUGUUCCCCCAGCCAACCUCAACACCUCUGCAGCCGGCUACAAGCUGUUGCCUGAGAACCCCACCCAUCCUCAGGCUUUCCUUCCCAUGUUGGACAAUGCAAUGGGGACCAGCUUCUUCCAGCGCAGUGCUAAGUUGGUCCAUGUGGUGCUGUGCGAAGGCCACAUCCUUGACAUCAAGACCACACCCAUGAUCACCCUCACCAGUGGCCUCAUGGUGAAGGAAGAUGAGUUUUAUGAGCAGAACGUGGUGUUGAAUCUGGCCAGCCUGUUUGAGGUAUCCCCAGACAACAUCAGGGUCAUCAGUGUUAUGCAGGAGCUCUCCAAGAGACAACAGGGAAGGCUGGAGGCUGAAGUGGCCAGCGCUCACACUACAAGCCUGAAUGGCGAGGAGGAGGAGGGAGCAAUUGGUGGGGAGGUGAUUCCCUACAAGAAGCUGGUGCAGAGUCUGGAGAAGGCCGUCAAUAGAUUCCAGGAUGGAUCAUGCAGCAACUGUGCCUCUCUCUCUUGGUGAGUGACCCCAUCGAGCCACCACCCAAGGAAGCCCCUCCAAAGGCCACAGAGGAGGAAGGCAGUGUUGUCAUUCUGGAUGCCAAGCUGUUCUACAAGCAGCAGGAGAAGGAGGUGGCAGAGAAGAUCAAGGAGAG